CAGUUCAUCAAGGAUCAAGCCUCACUUUUCACAGUUGUGAAGGUUUCAACGUUGUUCUCUCUCUCUCUCUCUCUCUCUCUCUGGUGAUGGCACAGAAAAACCCAGAUACAGUCCACACCGACGUCCUCUCAGCAGCAAGACUAGCAUGCUACAAGGCUCGUGACGCGUUCUACGUGUGUUUGGAGAAGGAAUCGAACAAGAAACCCACCGAGAUCGCUUCAGUUGGCCUGCUGUACCCGGUUGAUUGCAAGAAAUCUAGGGCUCAGUUUGAGAAACAAUGUCGACCCACUUGGGUGAAGCAUUUUGACAGACAGUAUGCUUCAAAGAAGAGGCUUCAGAGGCUGUUGGAUGACAAUGAGUCCAGAAGAGGUCCGUUGUCGCUCCCACAGCCCUACACUUUCAAGCUCACUAAUUGAAUUAUCAUAAUUACAUAUGCAUAUAUGGAUAUGGGCCAUCUUGAAAUUCUGUUUGAGCUUGCAAUUGUAAAGUGAAAUUGGUUAGUGGCUAGAAGUUUUUUACUGUGAUCAUCGUAAAGUGAAAUUGGUAAGUGAUAUGCACUCUGAGCUCUUCGUCAUGCAAAUAUAAGUUUUGGACUUUGUAUA